AAGCGUUACUCCACUGUGGUUAUGGCAGAUGUUUCCCAGUAUCCAGUCAACGUGAGUCUGGGGUCUGCGUUGUACCAGGGAGGCUUGUUGGGAGGAAAGGCAGGCCUGGGAAGAUGGAGAUGUUGAAAGCAGAAAGAAACUGGGAAACUGAGUUUGCUCAUAUGCAAGAUGGGCUGCUUCUGCCUCCCCUCAGAAGUGGGUAUUCGGCACAGGAAUUCAAUUCCACUUGAAUCUGCCACAUUUUCUUCCAGAGCAGCCCUUGUGCUGGACAGUCAGGCCACAGGGACAAACGUUAGGUAAACCUGUGUGAGGACGGGUCCAAGUGUGCCUGGUGCUCUAACAGAGGCAGAGGUGCUUAGAAGGGACUAGAUGGAACCAAUGCCUCCAAGGAGCUUCCAGUGGUGUUGGGAGGCUAGUCACUCCGAUGAAAGCAAAACACAGGGCACUGGGAGGAGGCGCCCCAUAGGUGGAGCCCCUGAUAGGGAAGGCUUAUCUGGAGGAGGCGUGUUUAGUCUCCGGCUGGAAGGCUGGUGCGAGCCCAACCGGCAUCAUCUUGGGACUCCCUGCUUUCUCCACGCCCGGUGCCAGCACCUGGUGACGUUCUGCCUGGGUGAAGAGGAUGGUGUGCACACCGUGGAGGACGCUUCGCGGAAGCUGGCCGUCAUGGACAGCCAGGGCCGCAUCUGGGCCCAAGAGAUGCUGCUGCGUGUGUCUCCCGACCAUGUCACGCUGCUUGACCCCAUCUCCAAGGAGGAGCUGGAGUCGUACCCGCUGGGCGCCAUCGUGCGCUGCGACGUGGUGCUGCUCCCAGGCCGGAGCCUCUCGCUGCUGCUGCUCGUAUGCCAGGAGCCCGAGCGCACGCAGCCGGACGUGCACUUCUUCCAGGGCUUGCGUCUCGGGGCGGAGCUGAUCCGAGAGGACGUCCAGGGGGCUCUGCACGACUACCGGUCGGGCCGCGGGGAGCGCAGGCCCGCGGCGCUCAGGGCCACGCAAGAGGAGCUGCAGCGCCGCCCCUCGCCGGGGGCCGAGACCCCUCCUCUGCAGCGCCGCCCGUCGGUCCGCGCCGUCAUCAGCACGGCGGGCGUCAGCCGGGGAAGAUCCCAGGCGGAGCCCAUCGCCGAAGCGGCGGAAGAGUCGCAGAGGCCCGGCCAGGCCCAGACUGCAGGCGGUGCUGACCCGGCCUCCCCGGAUCUGGGCCCCCCUGGUCCGGACCUGGCCGCUCUGCAGGCCGAGCGGGACGUGGACAUCCUGAACCACGUGUUCGAUGACGUGGAGAGUUUCGUGUCGAGGCUGCAGAAGUCUGCAGAGGCAGCCCGCGUUUUGGAGCAUCGGAAGCGCGGCCGCAGGACCCGGCGCCGGACGGCUGGGGAGGGUCUCCUGACACUGCGCGCCAAGCCGCCCUCAGAGGCCGAGUAUACAGAUGUGCUUCAGAAAAUCAAGUACGCCUUCAGCCUGCUGGCCCGGCUGCGCGGCAACAUCACCAACCCCUCGUCGCCAGAGCUACUGCACUUCCUCUUCGGACCUCUGCAACUGGUCGUGGACACGUCGGGCGGCCCCCGAUUCGCAAGUGAAGUGCGGCGGCCGCACCUGACGUCUGAGGCCGUAGCACUGUUGCGGGACAACCUCACCCCCCGUGAGAAUGCGCUCUGGACCUCGCUGGGGGACUCGUGGACCCGCCCGGGGCUGGAGCUGCCCCCAGAGGAGGGAUCCCCAUAUAGCCCUGAGUUCUCCAGCGGCUGGGAGCCCCCCGCCACCGACCCGCAGGGCCGCGCCUGGGAGGACCCAGUAGAGAGACAGUUGCAGCAUGAGCGGCGGCGCCAGCAGGUGAGGCUAAAGCUCCGUGGGGAGUCACACACUCCCCCAGAUGAUACAGGGGGCCGGGGACCCCGAAGUCUGGCCCUGCCUGAACUGCUGCUCUCCUCUCCCCAGCAAAGUGCUCCCCAGGUCGCUGUCAAUGGUCACCAAGACCCAGAGGCUGAGCCCCAGCUGGAGCCGGAGGGGAAGUGGGUCCUGUGUAAUUAUGACUUCCAGGCCCGCAACAGCAGUGAGCUAUCGGUCAAGCAGCGGGAUGUGUUGGAGGUCCUGGAUGACAGGCGCAAGUGGUGGAAGGUUCGGGACCAGCAAGGGCAGGAAGGAUAUGUGCCCUAUAAUAUCCUAACACCCCACCUGAGGCCCCAGCGAAGCUACAGCCAAAGCCCUUCCCGCAGCCUGGAGGACAGUACUCCCCCUCACCCACCAGCGCCAGCCCCGGCUCCUACCUUGUCUCGGCCCCACUGGGACAGUGGUGAUAACCUCACCUUGGACCCCAGAGAUAAGGAGAAAUUCUCCCAGAUGCUCUGUGUCAACGAGGAGCUGCAGGCGCGCUUAGCCCAGGGCCGCUCAGGCCCCAGCCGCGCAGCCCCGGGUCCCCGCGCGCCGGAGCCACAGCUCAGCCCGCACUCGGACACCGCCGAGGUCUGCGCCUGGCUGCAGGCCAAGGGAUUUAGCGCUGGGACCGUGGAUGCGUUGGGCGUGCUGACCGGCGCGCAGCUUUUCUCGCUGCAGAAGGAGGAGCUGCGAGCCGUGAGCCCGGAGGAGGGGGCACGCGUGUACAGCCAGGUCAUGGUGCGGCGCGCGCUGCUGGAGGACAAAGAGAAAGUGUCAGAGUUGGAGGCGGUGAUGGAGAAGCAGAAGAAGAAGGUGGAAGGCAACCUGGAAACAGAGGUUAUCUGACCAUCCCCGGCUGCUCCGCUCGAAGUUUCGAGGCAGCCCCAUGGGAGAACGGAGUCUGCAGACUGCCCCCACCCACGGAAGUCGAGUCCUUGCGAAGGCUCCGGACCUGUUCCGGCUCUGGUCUCCCCCCGUACCCGUGGAGCCUCCUCCGUGAGCGGACUGGCCGGGAGUGGGAGGGAAGGGGGCCACACUCGGGUGCCCUGUGCAUUGUGAUACACCACCCAGUCUAUAAACAGCCUCCUCUGA